UGAGCCUCCUGUCUCGUCUCCCCUCCAUCGCCUCGCGCGCAGGUGCCACGUUCCUAACGUGCCGAGAGACUUGAAGCGCGCGCAUCAAGCAGACGCCAUGGCGGAGGAUCCGCAGCGCGGGGACACACACCAGCAACCUGAGUGUGUGAGCGGACAGAGGGAGGCAGAUAAAGAGCCAGACAGAGAGGGAGAGGGGGAAGGAAAGAGAGAAGGAGAGAAAGAGGGAGAGGGAUCCGGAGACACUUUCACCAUGGAGCAGGUGAUGAAGAUCAGCGACGUGGAGGAUAAAGAUCUUCUAGAAAGCAGUCAACGUCUGAAACCCCAUGAGGCUCAAAGUUAUCGGAAGAAGGCAUUGUGGGUAUCAUGGGUGUCCAUCGUGGUGACGCUGAUCCUCGCCAUCGCUGCAUUCACUGUUUCAACGAUGAGAAGCAGUGCCUCUGCGUUUGGCUUCGCUUUUGACGCCACACUAGACGUGCUGAGCUCCAUCAUCGUGCUGUGGCGUUACAGAAACGCAGCGGCUGUGCACUCUGCCCACAGAGAGUACAUAGCUUGUGUGGUUUUGGGAGUGGUGUUUAUCCUGUCUGGGCUAACCAUCCUGAUUAAGGCCGCCCAUGCUCUCGCCACCAAAGUGCUCCCUGAAGUGGACGACUUCCUCUACAGCGUGUCGGUGCUCAGCGGCCUGGUGUGCUCAAUUCUGGCUGUGCUAAAGUGCAUGCUGGGUAAAGUGCUGACCAGCAGGGCACUCAUCACUGACGGCUUUAACUCAUUGGUGGGCGGAGUUAUGGGUUUCUCCAUCCUCAUCAGCGCUGAAGUGUUUAAGCACAACCCGAAGGUUUGGUAUUUGGACGGCGCCAUUGGUGUACUGAUUGGACUCAUCAUCCUGGCUUAUGGCGUCAAGCUCCUGAUUGACAUGGUCCCUCGAGUGAGACAGACCAGACACUACGAGCGCUUCGAGUAGGAUCAACAGCGCACAGUGGAGACUGGACUCGAUCUGCAUACACCCACACACACACUUUGAAGAGACUCUCGCAAGGAAGGGAAACACUCACCUACGCACAAACACUCCCAUACAUAUAACAAAUACACACACAUACAGAAUGCACAGUGAGUCACAGCAACCUCUCAUCCUCGCCAAUAUAACCCCUGCUCUUUGAAGGCUCUCUGAGGAAGACAAGGAUGAAGUAGAACAAGAACAGGAACAAACGUCCUGAAGAUAUGAAACUGGGUCAAGGAAGCGUUCUUCAUGGGCGUGUUUAAGUGUUGCAAAGCCACUGCAGCUGAUCUUGAUAACGUUUAAAAAGGACACCGCCUGUCUUAACAAUACCGAGCUACUGAGUGUGUGUACAUGUGUAUUUAUCAUUCGUCAAGAUGACAACGCAAUGAAAAUGCACCUGCUCUUAUACACUCAUUACCUGUGGCUGGGAGUAUCAGAGACUGGAGUGUCUGGAGAGAAAUGAAAAGAAGAAGAAGAAGAGCGAAAGAGAAAGAGAGAUGGUACCUCGGACACAAAACUAUAUUUAGCAUUCAUUCAUCUUCCGCAGCAUCCGUGUGUGCACCUCGAGCGACAAACGACGAAGCAGCUGCCACGCUGUUACCGUAACUCGAAUCCCGCCUCAUCUGGACAUUUUUCUUCCUUAAAUGUGAUUACAGGGUGUGGAUUCCUUCGCCAUGUGGACGUCUACCUCUUUACAAGCCCGCCAACUGCAAGAUAAUCACAUCCUGCAGCUUGUACACUGAAAACGGACAGAUACGAUCAAGUAUCCAAAGUAGAAUAGAAAAACGUUCUACAGGUACAAGAAGCACACUCGUACACAGCUGGAACAUCCGAGAGCUUGAACAUCGCAGAAAGAUUAGCACAACGUUAUUAAACCUUAACAGUGUACAUAACACGCUCAUGUAGUUACGACGACAUUGUUCUGAAGGUCAGCGUUUAAUUUUCAAUGGUUAUGUAUAAUUAUAAAAUGUUUAUUGUAGAUCUAAUGGUAGUAUAGUGAACAUUCGAAUUUGAUAAAUAUGCUAAGUGACUAAUGUAAAUGAUCUUGUUUAGCUAUGAUAAUUCGCCGAUGUUAGGUGACGUGGCUGGCGUACACGUUAGAAUGGUGCCGUCAUGUGUUACACUCGAUUAUUUCAAAGUAUUGUUCGUUUACAUAAAUAUUUAUAUGAAUGAGAGUGUGUACGGUGAUUAGCACAACUCUGCUUACAGCUCUGGUUUCACGAU